AUGUCGCGCGGCGGUCGCGGUGGUGGCAGAGGAGGUCGAGGCGGCGCGCGAGGUGGUCGACCUCAAUUAUCAUGGGACACGGGCGAGGAACCUGACUCCAAGCCCUCCGAGCUCUUUCCUCCCUACCAAAUCCCAGUACCUCGCAAAUUGACCGAAUCCGAGUCGGCGUCGGUCAAGCACUUCCUCUUAUUACGACAUCAAUUGCACGCCAGUCCACUGUACACGGCGAAACGCACACAAAGCAUGAACCCCACGAAAAGCUACGGCACAGCGCAGGCCAACGCGCAGUACGACGUGAAGAACAAGGCCUCCGUCGACCCCUUCACGAGCAUGCCCACGUAUGGGCAACGAUUCGUCCGCCAGGAGCGCGCACUGCCAGACUGGUCUAGGCGACCAGUGUGUAGAGAACUCUGGCCGCAGGAAUUGCUGGACACGGUCGCGUCGGAUGCCCACACGUCUAAGAAGCGGAAGCUGGAGAUCUCGCACAUUUCGGCAUUGCCGACGGCCGACGAGGCGUUUGAGAUGUUAACGGGCCACGAGGAGGAGGAAGAGGGCACCGGUGGCGGGAAUUUGCUCGAGAAGUUGGAUGCGAUCGGCGGGGAAGAAGGCGAAGGUGUCCCCGGGGAAGGAGAAGAAGACGAAGCUGGGUUGGAGGAGGAGGAAGAGGAUGAGGCGUACGAUGACGAGGAUGCGGGCGAUUAUGAUGCGGAGAACUACUUCGACAAUGGCGAUGAAAUGGGAGAGGACUAUGGCGACGAUGGCGAUGGAGAGGGCACGUUUUAG